AGCUAGCUAGCUAACCUUACCUGAACAAAUAUUAUCUAACAGUUUUUGUUUCUCAGAAUAGCAAGUCAUUAGUAGGCUCAGUGCAGUGGGUUUCCCGACUAGCUAGCUACUUGUUAGCCAAGCUGGAACAGCUAGCUAGUUAGUUUAACAGUUAGCAGUGAAUGCAUUAAUGAAUAGCUCUCUUUUCCUAUGCUUGUCAGCCCCGGUCUGCCCUGCUUCAGGUGGUACAGAAGACAUGUCCACCACUGCUGGAGAACAGGGGGCCAAGAGGAAAAGAGAGGCACCCGAUGAUGAGGAGGUGGUGGUGGUGGACGAACAAAAACUAGAAGAAAAUAAAGUUUGUAAAGGUUUUCGACAUUUCCAUAUAAAUGUGCAGUAUGUCACCUAUUUUAUAUGUGUGUUUGUCUGUCUGUGUCUGGGUGUAGAGUUAACUACUAGCUAUGAGAGAUCACUCUGUGUCUCCAGAUGAUCAAUCUCUGAGUCAAAGUGAUCACUCUCUGUGUCCCCAGGUGUGCCUACGUUGAAGGGGUAUGUAGCCACUCAGAGGGGAGAGAGAGAGGAGAUGCAGGACGCUCACGUUCUCCUACCUGACACGAAAGCCUGCCUGUCCACCCUUCCAACUACAGUGUAAGUCACCUCUGACUCAGAGCAGUGUCAGGAAGCAUCCCAAAUGGUACCCUAUUCCCUAUCAUACGUAGUGCCCUACUUUUGACCAGACCUUCCAUAGGGUUCCAAAAGUAGUGCACUAUAUAGGUAAGAAGGUGUCAUUUGGGACAAAUCCUAAGUCCCCUUCUUUAUAACAUAGGGGAGUGUCAGUCUGCUAGGACCUGGAUGAUGUGCUCCAGUGAAGUGACGUACACUACUGUCUGUGUUGAAGGUCUCGUCUGGCCUACUUCGCUGUGUUCGACGGCCAUGGAGGAGCUAGAGCUUCUCACUUCACUGCAGAACAUCUUCACCACACUCUGGCCUUGAAGUUCCCCAAAGGUGAGUGGAGAGACUCAGAUCCCCUAUUCACUGUCAAGAUAUUGGGCUGCAUUUAUUUAUUGUAUCUCUUCACAUAUUCAAUAUACAUCAGUUAAUGCUAGACUCAGACCACAUGUCUAUUCAUCCUCAAUAAACUUGCCUUUCAUUUGUAGUGGUAUUACAGUGCAUUCGUAAAGUAUUCAGACCCCUUGACUUUUUCCACAUUUUGUUACGUUACAGCCUUAUUCUAAAAUGGAUUACACACAAUACCCCAUAAUGACAAAGCGAUUUUUUUAAACAACAGAAAUACCUUAUUUACAUAAGUAUUCAGACCUUUUGCUAUGAUACUCUAAAUUGAGCUCAGGUGCAUCCUGUUUACAUUGAUCAUCGUUGAGAUGUUUCUACAACUUGAUUGGAGUCCACCUGUGGUAAAUUCAAUUGAUUGGACAUGAUUUGGAAAGGCACACACCUGUCUAUAUAAGGUCCCACAGUUGACAGUGCAUGUCAGAGCAAAAACCAAGCCAGGAGGUCGAAGGAAUUGUCUGUAGAGCUCCGAGACAGGAUUGGGGUCAAGGCACAGAUCUGGGGAAGGGUACCAAAAAAUGUCUGCAGUAUUGAAGGUACCCAAGAACACAGUGGCCUCCAUCAUUAUAAAUGGAAGACGUUUGGAACCACAAAGACUCUUCCUAGAGCUAGUCGCCCGGCCAAACUGAGCAAUCGGGGGAGAAGGGCCUUGGUCAGGGAGGUGACCAAGAACCUGAUGGUCACUCUGACAGAGAUCCAGAGUUCCUCUGUGGAGAUGAGAGAACCUUCCAGAAGGACAACCAUCUCUGCAGCACUCCACCAAUCAGGCCUUUAUGGUAGAGUGGCCAGAUGGAAACCACUCCUCAGUAAAAGGCACAUGGUAGCCCACUUGGAGUUUGCCAAAAGGCACCUAAAGACUCAGACCAUGAGAAACAAGAUUCUCUGGUCUGAUGAAACCAAGAUUGAACUCUUUGGCCUGAAUGCCGAGCGUCACGUCUGGAGGAAACCUGGCACCAUCCCUACGGUGAAGCAUGGUGGUGGCAGCAUCAUGCUGUGGGAUAUGUUUUUCAGUGGCAGGGACUGGGAGACUAGCCAGGAUCAGUAAGUACAGAGAUGUCCUUGGUGAAAACCUGCUCCAGAGCGCUCAGGACCUCAGACUGGGGCGAAGGUUCACCUUCCAACAAGACAACGACCCUAAGCACACAGCCAAGACAACUCAGGAGUGGCUUUGGGACAAGUCUCUGAAUGUCCUUGAGUGACCCAACCAGAGCCCAGACUUGAAUCCGAUUUAACAUCUCUGGAGAGACCUGAAAAUAGUUGUGCAGCGACGUUCCCCAUCCAACCUGACAGAGCUUGAGAGGAUCUGCAGAGAAGAAUGGGAGAAACUCCCCAAAUAGAGGUGUGCCAAGCUUGUAGCGUCAUACCCAAGAAGACUCCAGGCUGUAAUUGCUGCCAAAGGUGCUUCAACAAAGUACUGAGUAAAGGGUCUGAAUACUUAUGUAGGCCGUCAUUGUAAAUAAGAAUUUGUUUUUAACUGACUUGCCUAGUUAAAUAAAGGUUAAAAAAAAAAGGGUGAUAUUUCAGUUUUUUAUUUGUAAUACAUUUUCAGAAACAUUUCUAAAAACCUGUUUUUGCUUUGUCAUUAUGGGGUAUUGUGUGUAGAUUGAUGAAGGAAAAACACAAUCUAAUCAAUUUUAGAAUAAGGCUGUAACGUAACAAAAUGUGGAAAAGGUCAAGGGGUCUGAAUACUUUACGAAUGCACUGUUUCUCUUCACAAUAUUCUAGAACAUCCAUCAAUAUCUAAUGCAUAUUGUGUAUCUCCUCCUCCCACAGUAGAAACGGAGAACCUGGACAAACUGGUGAAGAAGUGCCUACUAGACACCUUCCGACAGACAGAUGAAGACUUCCUGAAAAAAGCCUCCAGCCAAUAAGUGCUUAGUCUCGUAAACCCGACCCUAGGCAACAGCAGUGACUAGGUUCUGGUAGAUAUGAUGGACUCUCUUGGUAACUUCGAUAAGGGAAAACAAUUUGUUCCGGGGUGGGUCCUCUCCCAAUAAAUCACGAGGCAGACAUGCCAGAACGUCGUGAUUCGAAACCAAAGUUUGUGGUUUCAGUGAAGGUAGUUGAUGUAAACUAGCCACUUUCGAAAUACACUCAUUAAAAAUAACCUCUGUGUUGGGCUUCCCGAGUGGCAUAGCGAUCUAAGGCACUGCAUCGCAGUGCUUGAGGCGAGGCGUCACUACAGACCCAGGCUGUGUCACAACCGGCCGUGACCGGGAGUCCCAUAGGGUGGCGCACAAUUGGCCCAGCGUCGUCCGGGUUAGGGGAGGGUUUGGCUGGGGGGGGCUUUACUUGGCUCAUUGCGCUCUAGCGAGUCCUUGUGGUGGGCCGGGCGCCUGCAGGCUGACUUUGUUUGUCAGUUGUACAGUGUUUCCUCCAACACAUUGGAGCAGGUGUUAAGGAGCGUGGUUUGGCGGGUCAUGUUUCGGAGGACGCAUGACUCGACCUUUGUCUCUCCCAAGCCCGUUGGGGAGUUGCAGUGAUGACACAAGAUACAAAUUUUAAAAGGGUGUAAAAUAUAAAAAAUAAAUAAAUAACCUCUGUGAUCUCCAUCUUGCUAGCUACUAUUUCAUAUCUUAUUCAAGCGGAUAAGGCAGUGACGUAGGUAGUGACGUAGUUCCUCUAUGCCAAACUGACGUUCUGUUAACUGACAUGUUAAGCUGGAACAUUGAAACAUUGUGGGAGGCAACACGGAUGUCUAGUAAGUGUUUUGAAUGUCUGAGCAUUACUAUGGUUGAGUCCCAAAUGACACCCUAUUCCCUACAUAGCUGUGUGUCCCAAAUGGGCCCUGGUCAAAGGUAGUGGGAGUAUUUUAGAAGCCCUUUAAAUUGAUGAGUUAAAUUUGUUCUACAUUAAUGACUGUAUGAAGCGAUGUGUACAGUGUGUCUGAUCUGGUCCCACAGGAAGCCUGCCUGGAUGGAUGGCUUUACAGCCACCUGUAUGUUAGUGGUGGAUGACAUGGUGUAUGUGGCCAACCUGGGAGACAGCAGGGUAAGGCGCUGCUCUGCUCUCACAUGGGCCCUGGUCAAAAGUAGUGCACUAGGGAGUAGGGAAUAGGCUGCAAUUUUAUAUGUAACCGUAGUUUCAACCUGUUUAUUUAGCCAUCAUCAAUUAUGAUAUUGCUAUAGGAAGCUGCUGUUUGAUUCCAUUGUGUUGUAGUAACCUUCCUUACUUGUAACAUUGUGCCUCUGUCUCUCUGUAGGCAGUUUUCUGUCAGAUGGAACAGGAAAUGCAGGGCAGGGCAUACUGGCGCUCAGUAAGGAAUACAACCCCACCAUCAGUAUGAAAAAUGUAUGCACUCACUAACUGUUAAGUCGCUCUGGAUAAGAGCGUCUGCUAAAUGACUAAAAUGUAAUAAUGUAAAAUAUACGAGGAGCGCAUGAGGAUCCAGCGGGCUGGUGGCACAGUCAGAUACUUGGCUUUCACUGGGCUUUCAUAUCUUUUCUCUGUAUAUCUGUGCCUGGAAAAAAACAUCAACAACAAAAAUACUCUUUGAUAAGUACUAGUGAUAUCCUUGACCUGCUCUGUGAGGAGGAAUAACUUUUAUCAACUCUUUAUCCAUGGUUGCUGCUGUGUGUGUUGCUCCAGGGGUGGGCGAGUCCUUGGGGUGCUGGAAGUGUCCAAGUCUAUAGGAGAUGGACAGUACAAACGCAUUGGAGUCAUAUCCACACCUGACCUCAGGCGCUGUCAGCUUACACCCAAUGACAGGUAAGACACUGACUGUUUCAACCAAUGACAGGUAACACUACGCCAGGUACUCCCAGCCAGGCCCUGUUCCAAUACUUUGUAAAUGCAUUCUCUUUUCCUCCCUUCCUUGAAGUAGUCACUGAACUGACAUGACUUGGACUUGGAAAGGCACAUUGAAUUUGUUGGUGGAUUGAUGGGUGAUCUCUCUCUCUCUCUCUCUCUCUCAGGUUCAUUAUCCUGGGCUGUGAUGGUCUGUUUAAAGUGUUCUCUGCAGAGGAAGCUGUUAAAUACGUUCUCAACGUCCUGCAGGUAUACAUCAUGUUCACAAUGUGUGUUUAUUUAAAAAAUAUAUGUCUCAGAGAGUGUGUGUGUGUAUGCUGUGGUGUGUGACACUGUCUUGUGGGUAUUUUCAGAAUGGGAGUGUUGAGAGGAAGGAGGGGCAGACAGAGGAGGAGGGCCGCUAUGAAGCAGCAUGUCAGAGACUGGCCAAUGUUGUGCCGACAACGUUACCGUCAUACUGGUGUCUGUUAGCUUCUGAACAACAGACACCCGAUCUUGCCCGUCAUUGA